GGGACAAGCCAUGGACGCGGCGGCGCUGGAGCGGGACGCGGUGCAGUUCGCCCAGCUGGCGGUGCAGCGGGACCAGGGCGGCCGCUACCAGGAGGCCGUCUUUUACUACAAGGAAGCUGCACAAGCCUUGAUUUAUGCUGGCAUGGCAGGAUCAAGUCUAGAAAAUAUUCAGGAUAAAAUAAAUGAAUAUUUGGAAAGAGUCCAAGCUCUUUAUUCAGCAGUUCAAUCUCAGAACUCGGAUCCCUUGAAGUCAAAACAACAGAUGGAUCUGGAGCGGGCCCAUUUCCUCGUUACGCAGGCUUUUGAUGAAGAUGAUAAAGGCAACGCAGAAGAGGCAAUAGAAUUGUACACAGAAGCAGUGGAUCUCUGUCUGAAAACAUCUAAUGAAACUUCUGAUCAGGCCCUGCAAACUAAACUAAAACAACUGGCUCGACAAGCAUUGGAUAGAGCAGAGGCAUUGAAAGAAUCUAUGUCAAGCUCAUCUCAGAAAGACAAACCCACACCAGUUAAAUCAAGUCAGCCUGUUAGAACAUUCUUUCCACUGGGACCUGAUUUUUCCUUGAAUAAUAAACCUCAGACUGUUAGAAGUGUGCAAGCAAGUGAACCACAAGGGCAGCGAUACACAUCAGAAGAGAUAGAGGUGCUCAGAAAGACAUCGAAAAUAAACGGUAUUGAGUAUGUCCCUUUCAUGAGUGUGGAUUUGAGGGAGCGUUUUGCCUUUCCGAUGCCAUUCUCUGAUAAAUACGGGAAGUUGCCGUUGUCCCCCAAACAGAAGGCUAUAUUUUCUAAAUGGGUGCGGCCAGAUGAUCUUACCAAUAAUCCUACAAUGAUCUAUACUGUUUCUAGUUUCAGCAUAAAACAGACAAUAGUAUCAGAUUGUUCCUUUGUGGCGUCACUGGCUAUAAGUGCAGCUUAUGAAAGACGGUACAAUAAGAAAUUGAUUACAAGUAUAAUUUACCCUCAGAAUAAAAAAGGAGAACCGGAAUACAAUCCAUGUGGGAAAUACAUGGUAAAACUUCAUAUCAAUGGUGUUCCAAGAAAAGUGAUAAUUGAUGACCAGUUGCCCAUUGAUCAUAACGGAGAACUUCUCUGUUCUUAUUCCAACAACAAAAGUGAACUGUGGGUGUCACUCAUAGAAAAGGCUUAUAUGAAAGUCAUGGGAGGAUAUGACUUUCCAGGAUCAAAUUCCAAUAUUGAUCUCCACGCUCUCACUGGUUGGAUACCGGAGAGGAUUGCUAUGCAUUCGGACAAUCAGAGCUUCAACAAGGAGAGUUCUUUCAGAAUGCUUUACCAAAGAUUUCACAAAGGGGAUGUCCUUAUCACCACGGCUACUGGAGUGAUGUCAGAAGAAGAAGGAGAGAAGUGGGGUUUGGUUCCCACACAUGCAUAUGCUGUUUUGGAUAUUCGAGAGCAUAAGGGGCAUCGAUUUAUCCAGUUGAAAAACCCCUGGAGCCACUUACGUUGGAAAGGGCGAUACAGUGAGAAUGAUGUGAGAAACUGGACCCCAGAGCUACAGAAAUAUUUAAAUUUUGAUCCCAGAACAGCCCAGAAAAUAGACAACGGGAUUUUCUGGAUCGCGUGGGAGGACCUGUGUCAAUAUUUUGAUGUGAUCUAUCUGAGCUGGAACCCAAAUCUCUUCAGAGAGUCGACGUGCAUUCACAGCACGUGGGAUGCCAAACACGGCCCAGUGAAAGAUGCAUAUAGUCUGGCAAAUAAUCCCCAGUAUAAAUUGGAGGUCCAGUGUCCACAAGGUGGAGCUGCAGUGUGGGUCCUGCUUAGUAGACAUAUUAUUGACAAGGAUGACUUUGCAAACAAUCGGGAAUUCAUCACAAUGGUUGUCUACAAGAGUGAUGGGAAAAAGAUCUACUACCCAGCUGACCCAUCUCCAUAUAUUGACGGGAUUCGGAUCAACAGCCCCCACUAUCUGACCAAGAUAAAACUAACUACCCCAGGGACUCACACAUUUACAUUAGUGGUGUCUCAGUAUGAGAAACAGAACACUAUCCACUACACCGUCAGGGUGUAUUCAGCAUGUAAGUUCACCUUCUCAAAGAUUCCGACACCAUAUACCCUAUCAAAACGGGUCAAUGGACGGUGGAAAGGCCAGAGUGCUGGUGGAUGUGGGAAUUUCAGAGAUUCACAUAAAAACAAUCCCAUUUAUCAAUUCCAGUUGGAGAAGACUGGGCCAUUAUUAAUUGAACUGAGAGGGCCAAGGCAGUACAGUGUUGGAUUUGAACUUGUUGCAGUCUCCAUGGUAGGGGAUCCCGGCUCCUCUGGCUUCCAGAAGAAGAACAGUGGUGAUUUUAGGUGUGGCUUUUGUUACCUGGAAGUGGAAAAUGUACCUGCUGGGGUUUAUAAUGUCAUUCCUAGCACUUUUCUGCCUCAACAAGAAGGUCCUUUCUUCUUGGACUUUAAUAGUGUUACCCCUAUCAAGGCGACACAACUUCAGUGAAUUGGGAACACUAGUUCCUGGAACUGACUAUACCCCAUUCCGACUUCUCCAAAAGCAAGUGAAUCCAUGGGAUCUCGGAAGCUUCAUAAAGAAAUUGAACGGAAUCAUUCUACAGGGCUUGGGCCACUGCUUACAAAUGACUCACGUCUCUCUGAAUUUUACUUCGACAGUUUAUUUGACAGAUUUUUUGUUGCUCAGGUAUUAUCAAGGACAGAAACUGCUAAUGAAUGUUUUAAGAGAUGCUAGUCAACCCGAAGAUGCAAAAGAGUGCUUUAAAUUAUUGGCUUAUUAAAUCGUGUAAAUACAACUGGACACUUGGCAGUUCAUCUCUUAAAUCAUGUUUAGCCCUGAUGCUCUCAAUUUAGUUUUUUACAGUAUUUUCUAUUUACUUUGUUUUUAUGCUAGUCGUGGUAAAUACAGCACUUGGAAGUAGGGAUAUGGCUAUUCUGUUUUCAGAUUCAGUGACCCAAGUCACUAAUGCCGUGGUUGAAAUCUCAGUUAUUUACACAAGACUCGCUUUGGUAUCAUCACUAAAACUUCUUAGCUUCUUAAUUUAAAUAAAAGAGUUCAUACCCACCA